UUAAGACAUCGCACCGAACACCAGCAUGAGACCAUUAAGAGGGAGAGAAGUACGCGAAGGUUUGGAGCUCUCAAACCCGUGACUUGUGAUUCCUCCUCCAUCCACGUCCACAGGGCGGACCACCGCCAGCAACUCCACACACCAACAGAGUGCGCGGUGCUCCCAAUCCCAUUUCGACUUCGCCGACCAGAUCCCCCCCCCACCUCUCUCUCUCUCUCUCUCUCUCUCCCUGAAACCCUCUUCCAUGGAGAGGCUUAUCUCCUCCUCUUCCUCCUCCUCCUCCUCCUCUAUCCCCUCUCGGACAGCGGCUCUCCCGCAGAUCCCCAGGCUUCGUCCUUUGCUCCGCCUUCGGUCCCCCGCCGAUCUAAAGUUCGGCCCUUGGUUGACGCCGCGUCGGGAUCUGAAGCCCCCGCCCGUGCUCGUCUCCAAGCAAAAAGGGCCGCCUCUUGCUGUCCGUUGGGCACAGGGGGAGCCACGGCCAGCUCAGCUACGUGACCAAUUCUCCGGAGGACGAGAAGGAGGAGGAGGAACAGUAUUGGAUGUGGUUUUACUUCGAAAGGUUGCUCGCUCUGCUGUAAUUGUCCUUUCAGCAAUUGUAAUCGCAAUAAUCCAUCCGAUUCUGGCACAACCCUCUUUUGCGACAGUGCAAUCUGCUGCCAAACCGGCUGGACAACUUAUUAGAACUGAGUUGUUAACUAGUGCUUGGACUGGCUUUUUUGCUGGUUGCUUGCACACGUUAUCUGGCCCUGACCAUCUUGCUGCCUUAGCUCCAUUAUCCAUUGGAAGAUCAAGGAUAGAGAGUGCUAUAGUUGGAGCCCUUUGGGGAUGUGGCCACGAUGCUGGUCAAGUGAUUUUUGGUUUGCUGUUUCUCACGCUCAAAGAUCGUCUACACAUUGAGAUCAUCCGCACAUGGGGAACCAGAGUUGUCGGUUUUACUCUGCUCAUCAUAGGUGCUCUUGGAAUCAGGGAGGCAUCCGAGGUGCCUACUCCCUGUGUUGCUCUAGAUAACGGGGAAGAUGCCAGCUCCAGUGGGAAGAAACAGAUUGGAUUCGCAACUUUUGCCACCGGCAUUGUGCACGGUCUACAGCCCGAUGCACUCAUGAUGAUCUUGCCAGCGCUGGCGCUUCCAUCACGCGUGGCUGGCGCCGCUUUCUUAUGCAUGUUUCUCGUCGGCACCGUGUUUGCAAUGGGGAGUUACACGGUAUUCAUCGGAACAUGCACAGAAGCACUGAAAGAAAGGGUUCCUAGGAUCACAGAGAAACUAACUUGGGCUGCUUCACUCGUAGCAAUAUCCAUGGGACUUGCUAUUCUAAUUAGCCAGUUCUUUGGCUUCAGCCUGUAUUGAGCUUCGCCUAGACUAACUUUAUUGUUCUUGGCAUCCUUAAAUCUCUACAGCACAGCCUUUCUAAGAACCGGCUUUCGCCAUGCAAGUCACCAGCAUCACAGUUAAAUUUUUUGAGUUGAACUUUCUACCUUUUAGCUCAUAAUGUUAACCAUGGUCAAGUCUGCCCUAGACCAAGGUUAUUUUUGCUUUUAUCCUAGUCUUGGAAAUUUCAAGCCUUUACAGAUUUA